CUUUGUCCCUCAGAUGGAACCUGAUGUUUCAAUAGGAGCAAAACGUUUCUCUUCAUAUUUUCCAACUUCAGUGUGGAAGAGCUCAACAUGGCAGAAAGACGUCCGGCAGCGGUGAAGGUGUCCGCAGAGCCGGACUUUCUGCAGUUUAAUGAUCUGGCCUGUGAGACGGUCGGUGGGAGGGUGAUUUUUGCAACAGACGAGUGGUUUGCUCCGGCUGCCAACCUGCUGAAGCGAGAGGCGCCACAGUUCAUCGCCACUGCCUUCACUGACUUCGGAAAGUGGAUGGACGGAUGGGAGACGAGGAGGAAGAGAACGCCCGGUCACGACUGGUGCAUCGUGCAGCUUGGCGUCCCGGGGCGGAUCCACGGCUUCGAUGUCGACACGUCCUUCUUCACAGGAAACCACUCGCCCUUCGUCUCCAUCCAGGCCGGCUGUCUGGACCACGCCCCCACCCUCAACCUGGAGGGAGACAGAACCGGCAUGGCCGCCUCUGAAACUCAGCUGUCUGCUGUUGCCAAGCUGGCCUCAGAGGCGUGGCCAGAACUGGUGGGUGUGUCUGAGCUGAAACCUGGAUACUGUGACUGUUGUCAUAACUACUUCAAGGUCGACUUCAGACACAGAGUCACACACCUGCGUCUCAACAUGUAUCCAGAUGGGGGGAUAUCCAGACUACGGGUGUAUGGCAUUGGGCAGAGAGACUGGUCGUCUGUCUCCACCAACCAGGAGGUCGAUCUGGUGGCUCUGACCAAUGGGGGAGUCUGCCUCGGCUACAGCGACGCCCACUUUGGCCAUCCACGCAAUAUGAUUGGAUUCGGCCGAGCUGCCAACAUGGCGGACGGAUGGGAAACAGCUCGCAGGCUGGACAGACCAAAACACCUGAAGGUGGGCCAGCAGGGGAUCCUGGAGGUGCCUGGCUGGGAGUGGGCGGUGUUUCGUCUCGGUCAUCCCGGAGCGAUCAGCAGCAUCGAGGUCGACACCAACCAUUUCAAAGGGAACUUCCCGGACUCCUGCAGGAUUGAGGCGUGUGUUCUGACACCUGAAGACGAGGCUCAGGGCAUCGCAACCAGCUGGACGUCUCUGAAAUGGCAGAUCCUUCUUCCCCCUCAGAAACUCCGUCCUCAUCACAGACAUCUCUACAGCGAGUUGGAGCUGACUCAGCCCAUCACCCACAUACGUUUGGUGAUUGCCCCGGAUGGAGGGGUCAGCCGGCUGCGGCUCUGGGGUCGACCUGUGCUGAUCACUGCAGUUUCGACCAAUCGGCCGACAGAAGAUUCCAAACUGAAAUGCAAACAAAGGCUUUGAUCUGUGUUUGAGUGCAAAUAAAACAGUCACGUGACUCAUUCAUACGGAAAACAUCAAGUGU